AUGUCAAGACAAUCAAGGGAUGGCGGAAAACGCGGAGGGGGUACAAUCGUGGAGACAAAAAUUGUAAACCAGGCCCGAGGGAGCUGCAACACAGAUGACAGAGGGGGGAUCCAGAAAUUAUCGGAGACGUGGAAGGGGGGGCACGGAUACAUAGUCCGGGAUGAAACGAGGAGCGUGGAAGAUCCGAAGCCCGUCUUCAACAGGGCCACGGCCAGAAUCAGUUGCAAGCAGCAGGGCGGAUUAGCGUUUAGUGCUGGAGCAAAGUAUAAUCAUAAUAAGAAAAGCGCACCUAGAAACAAAAGAACCCUCCUCGACGUUCUAUCGAGCUGGGUUUGCGCCAGGGGAAGAUACCAGGAGGGCUUGCGGGCUAAAAGUUCUACUACUGCGGACGUAAGGGUUAAGAGAGCAAUGGAUGGCCCGGAAUUGUGGUGA